AUGGACCACCACUGCCACUCCCCCGCGACAGACGAACCGACCCGCUCGGACGAACCACCCCGGUUCGUCCCUGCCCCCCGAGGCCUCACCGUAAUAUCCAAUUCCCCCUUCCCCGGCGACAUCCCACCACACACUCUCCCAUCAGAUCUGCCUCCGGCGAUAUCGACUUGGAUCCCUCUCGCGUCCUCCCUCGCUCACAGAUCGUCCCUCUCCUCCGAGAUUAGCCCCGAUCACUGCCCCGUCCUCCUGCUCCUGCUCCUGCUCCUGCUCCUGCUCCUGCUCCUGCUCCCUACUCCUGCUCCCCCAGCCUCCCCGUAUUGUGCGCUGCACGUUGCCCUCGACGUCGGGUACCCCGGCCGUGCCUGGCUUCCUUUUCAUUGUCUUUUUCUCAUGUCCCCGAGCCCAUCCUUUCGUCCAUUCGUCCUCGUCCUCGCGCCCCUCCAUGCUCCUGUCACAACGACGAUGCUGCACCGCCCUUCCCCGCCACCCGUCCGUCCACCACCCGCCCCCCGUCACCGCCUUCGCCUUCGCGCUCGCGCUUCCGCCUCCCUGCAUCCCAUCAUACGUCCCCUCCAGAUCGAUCCGCCAGAGCCUCCCCUGUCGCCCGACACACAUGCCCCGCUGCCGCUAAGUACCGGCCCCGCCCCGUCCCACCUUCCCAUCACGAAGCCCCCAAGCCAUCACGACCCUCAUCCCCGCAGCAAACCCCAAGCCGAACGAUCGCAGCCCGCCCUCGCUUCCCCGCCCCCCGUGAGCGUGCCCUUCUGCCCUUCUGCGAUCCCUCGCCAGCCUUCGCCCCCGCGCGAUCCAGACGCGCAGCGCACUCCGUCGCCCGCGGCCCUUCGAAAGCGCGGCGCUGCCAGGUCGCGUCGCGCGAGCGAUGGCGCGAUCGGGGGCAUGGGCCUUUGAACUAGGAGGCCAUCGGACGGUGACAGGAUCAAUGGCCGACGCACGCCGGACAGCGAACGCCCGCGCGACGGCCAUCAAUCACGACGACACCGAAGCGCAUCCGUGACGCGACAGUCAUCGUCUCCUCCUCCUCUUGCUAGAAUAACGGUACGCCAGAACGCCAGAACGCGAGCGGAAAAAGAAGGAGAACGCGUGCGUCGGACGCUCGCAGCCCGCGCAGGACAGGUCAGACGGAGAUAUGUAUGUAUGUAUGCAUGCAUGCAUGGAGAAACGCACGGCAACUCGGAAUUUCGGGCGCGUCGAGCUCGGGCGCGCCACGCACCGCCAGAUCGAUCUGGGUCCCCUCACGUACACGCACGCACACACGCCCCAUCGCCAAACAGCGUCGCCGCCCGCCGCCAACUUUAUGCUUACUUGCUUUGCGCUUAGCGCCAGAUCGAUCUG